AUGACAGUUGUGCAAGUCAACAACAAGGCAAGAAAAUUGCUCUAUAAUGCUAUAAGGGGUGAAGAAUAUGAAAAAAUCUACAGUUGCAAUACAACCAAAGAAAUGUGGGACAAGCUUGAAGUCACAUACGAAGGAACUAGCAAAGUGAAGGAAACACAUAUCAGUAUGUUGGUUCACGAUUAUGAAUUAUUCCAGAUGAAAGAAAUAGAAUACAUUGAGGAAAUGUUUUCCAUAUUCAAUAAAAUCAUUAGCGAUCUAAAAGCUUUUGGCAAACCAUACUCAAGUGGUGAUCAAGAUCUGAAUAAAUUGUCUUAUGAUGAACUUCGUGGAGAACUCAUAGCUUUCGAAAAGACACAUCUCAAGAAAACAAACCAAGAAGAAAAGAAGAAAAUAGUUGCAUUCAAGGCCACAACUGAGAUAGCUGAGAAUGAUAUCGAUGAUGAUCCUGAAGCUCUUCAAGAAGAAAUUGCUAUGGUGUCAAGAAACAUGGAUUGUUUAAUGAGAAGAUCCAAGAAUACGAGAAGAGGAAGAAUCCCACCUAGGCGAACCAGGCAAUACAACGAACAAGAUAAGAAUCAUGGAAAAUGGUAUGAGUGUGGAAGAUUUGGACAUAUUCAAGAUGAGUGUCCAGAUCUAAAGAGAAAAAUCUCCAGAGGAAGCUGGAAAGAUGAGGACACUUCAGAUGACGAAUGCAAAGAUAACAAUGAGAAUUGCUUCAUGGAUCGAGGUGAAACAAGCGAGGAAGAUACAAAAAUAGAUAGAGGAAGCGUUAAAUUUGGAGAUGACUCAAAAGGAAAAAUAAUCGGUACCGAAAAAAUUCCCUUCAAUAACAACUGUGAUAUCAUUGAGGUUUAUCUAGUUGAUGGGCUUAAUUACAAUCUUCUGAGCAUAAGUCAGCUAUGCAAUUCAGGAUAUGAGGUAAAAUUUAAGAAAAUAGAUUAUGCUAUUAAAGAUGAGACGGGUAAAACAAUCCUCCCAGUCAAGAAAGGAAUAAUUGCAGGUUAUGAAGAUCCAAUUCAAGAAGGACAUGAGACAAGCAAAUCGCAAAAGUCGACUGAUGGAUCUGACGCUGUGAUAGAGUCAACUAAUGAAACCCAGCAACAGUCCACCAGAACCUCCAAAGGAGUCGACUACUCAUACAGUUCGCCUAAAUGA